AUGACGACCUCUUUUGUUCACGGGCAUCUAUCAGAAAUCGGUGUCGGAUUGACAGCCUUUGGUGUCUUUUUCAUGAUGCUGGGUGUUAUGCUCUUGUUCGAUGCAGGCCUGAUGGCGAUCGGGAACAUCUUGUUUUUGAGCGGCAUAGCAGCUAUCAUUGGACCACGAAGUACGCUUGUCUUUUUCACGCGACGCGAAAAGAUACGAGGCACCAUUUGCUUUUUGGGUGGCAUCUUCCUUGUUCUCUCAAAGUUCCCUGUGCUCGGCUUUGUUCUUGAAGUGUUUGGCUUUUUGAAUCUAUUUGGCGAUUUCUUCCCUGUGGUAUUCGGCUUUGUACGACGACUACCGAUCAUUGGACCCAUUCUCAGUCAUCCAGCGAUUGCUCGGUUUAUGCCACGUGAAUCACGCACACGCGUUUAA